AUGGGUGACCGGCAGACUGAGCUCACCGUGCCACGGACACGGCUAGAGGAGAUCACCAGCAAAAUUUCAGAUCUAAAGAAAUGGAGAGAAAUUUUUAGUUUCCAUGGCGAGGCCAAGGCAGCGCUGGCGAUGGACCACCCGGAGCUGGAGAGCCUGCGGGGCCGCCGCAGCCGCCUCACCCCCCCUCCGCCGUCCCCGGAGCCCUCCUGGUCCCUCCAGACACGGGCGGCCGGCCCAUCUCCUUGGAAAUGGCAAUGUUCCCGACCCGCUUGCACCGUCACCCACACCAGAGGCAAGCAGCUUUUAAUGGGAAGCGCCACGGGGUCCCUGCCGACCCAACCGCCGGCUGCGCGCGCCUGGACGGGUCCUGGCCGCGGGACGCGCUCAGCGAUGGCCGUGCUGCCCUCCGAGCGCGAGGCCACGGAUGAACCCUCCUCUGCGUUCCGCCAGCGCUGCGCCGCCCCGGCCGCUGCUGCCCAGGGCUUUAUAGAGGGUUUGCACCGGCAAACGCAGACGUUGGAUUCUCUCCCCAGAGGUGCCGCCGAUGAGAGCGAGCGCCUUGCCCAGGUCUUCGGCCGAAAGGGGCUGCGGAAGCUGUUAUUUGGAAAUGUGUUCCACGUCUUCAGCUGCGAAUGGACAAAAGCGUACUUCAGGUUUCGCGAGCCGUACUCUGACCUGGCCUAUGCUUUGGAGGCAGAAAAGGGGGGAACAAGAGCCAUUCUGAUGGCUGUACAAGCGCACGUCAUCAAAUACCUGCUCUUCGUAAGAAACACAGAAUACACUCACCUGGAAAGGCUGUGCAGGACAAGCCGGCGGGAGCAGGGGGAGGCGCUGGCCGCGGCCCUGGCGGACACCCUGUGGGCCGCGGGAGGAGGUGGGAGAGCCGCCAUCUGCCUCGUCGCCGCAGCCGUCCACGUCAGGCCAAGCGGAGACUACAAAGCCGACAACUUCACGGAAAGAAUCCAGCUGUUUGAGUUCUCUGAGAAAGCAGCAGCUCAGGAGUUCAUCUUUGACCAUAUAAACUGUUUCAAAGGCGAAGGAAGUCAUGGAGUGAUCCUAUUUUUAUACAGUUUACUUUUCUCUAGGACGCUUGAAAGGGUCCAAGAAGAUUUAGACUGCACAGCGACUCCUCUGUUAAAAUUCAGUUUUGGAAACAUCACCUGUACACAGGCCGUGCUCAGCCUCCUCCUCACGGGCCGAGCGAGCCCGCACGAGCUCGAUGGCGGCCAGGAGCCGGUGCCCGGUGGCAGGGGCGUCGAGGCGCGGCGGCGGCGGUGCCCGGUGGGCUACCUGCGCUGGGGCAGGGCGCAGGCGGAGCGGCAGGUGUGCCGCGGGCUGAGGACGCCGCAGCUGCCCGUCUGGCUGUGCAGCGUCGCCGGGAGGCACGGCGUUCUCUUCGGCACCGACAGCCUGCUCCUCUCCGACUGGAAGAUGGAGAGACUCUUCCACCUGUACUUCUACAAUGGGCAGCAGGAGCAGACAAAAACAGCCCAUCUAACGAUAGACACCCAUUCGCACCACUGGGAAGAGGACCGGAGUGAAGACCCGAGCAGUCCAGGGAAGAGGCGUCCGUCCGUGGAGAUGGCAAUCAGGACCAAGUGGGCGGGCGCGACCGUCAGCUGGAACGGGACAGACCCCUUCUUCUGA